AUGGCUACUACGACUGCAAAGGCAAAGCGAUUUUCAUUUGCUGGCUUCUUUAGCAAAAAACAGGAACCAUCUCCUAUCACCCAGCAACAACAACAACAACCAUCCACAGAUAACAACACCGCUACACAAGAAAAGAAGCAACAACGUCGUGCACAAAAAACCCAGAGUCUUUAUAUCCAAUCCUUCCGCCAUCGUUUUUCUACGCCUUCAUCCAAGCCGACAUGUUCACAAUAUGAUCCUAGCGAGGUUCAACAGAGCAAUCCCAAAGAGAUCCGCAACACCAUUCGGCGAUCGCUCUCUGCUGUCAUGUACGCGACACCACAAAAGCAACGAGAAGAGGUUACUACCACUACUACUACUACACAAGAAAAGAACAAUACAUCAUCUUCAUCGGAACCGGGAAAGUUAGUACCGAUUCUGGUCACUGAGGGGUUGUUUGACCAACAUAGCGGCAUGAUUGUAAGCGCCGAGCCUGAAACAUUGCCAACCGAAAAGCGGCGCCGUGUCCCUGUCGAGUAUGAUAAUACAUUGGAUGUGCUGGAUAAUAAGGAUGGAACAAGUCUCGUUGUAUGGCAAGGUUAUGGCUAUGUUAUCAAGGAAGAACCCAAGGACAAGGAGGAGGAGGAGCAGGAAAAUGAUCAUGCGUCUUCAUCUUCAUUGACAUGGUCGUUUGACAAGGAGGUCUGGUCGGAGUAUCGCGGGUUGAUUCAUCCCCUUCAUCUUGUUCAAGAAGACAACGACGAUCGAUGGAAGGCAUUGACUGUCACAGAGCUUAAACGUUAUUACGAUAAUUAUGGCUCCAUGCUUUUACGACUACGUGAAGCAUGCAUGAAACGACAACAAACACAAUAUCUGGCCAUGGAAGGCAAGGCAAAAACUGAAUGGCUUAUUCCCCAUGCAUAG